UGGUCCGCCGACGCAUCGUCCGCACUGCACAUAAUAAUAUAUGAUAUACGCGCCAAAGCUGCUGUUGCUGCUGUUCCUGUUGUUGUCAUCGUCGUCGACACACAACUGCCGGCCGACAUUACCAGCGGAACGAAAAGCGCGCGUCUGCAGUUCGUCCGUCCGUUCGCCGGCGAUAACGAUAUAAACUCGAUACAAAAAUCAUAAUAUAUAUAUAAUAUUGAUUUAAGUUCCAUCACGCGGUUUUUCUUAUCGUUUUUAUUUUUUUUAUUUUAUUAUUUAUUGUUGUUAUCAUGUGAUUUUCUCGUUCUCCAGCGUCGGACUCGUCACCGCAUCGACGGGCUUCUCACCGUCGUGUAAAUCACAAACCGCGUUAGUGCAGGGGGCGAUGGUCUGGCCGAAUCCGUAUGCAAUAAAAUGAUCGGCAGAUGGUUCGUCGGGUUUGCCGUUUUCGUGGGAUACCUUUGCCUGGGCGCGUUCGUGUUUUACCGGAUCGAGCGCAAGGAAGAGGAGAAAAGGCAUUAUUUGGAGAUUUUGGAACGGCUCGAGCUCAAAGAACUGCUUGCAAAACAUUAUGCACAAGUUAACGCCCACGUGCGCAAGCAGUUUGUCCAACAACUGAACGCGUACUGUAACAAAACGGUGUUGGACGAAGGUCCAGACAACGAAGAAGCGCACCAGUACCAAUGGACGUACUACAACGCUUUCUUUUUCGCGCUGACCACGUUGAGCACGAUCGGUUAUGGAAAUUUACACCCGACUUCCGGUACCGGACGCAUACUGGUGUUGGUGUACUCGUUAAUCGGCAUCCCCCUCAACGGUAUCGUGUUGACGCAACUAGGAAGCUUUUUCGAGUCCAGAAUUCUCCGAGCUCAUUACAGCUACAAGACGCAACGGAUGAUGGGACCCCAACUGAGCCUCAUCUUGGACAUAGUUACGUAUCUGAUACCUGGAAUAAUUGUCUUCAUCUUCAUCCCAUCCGGAAUCAUAUCCUAUUUUGAAAAUUGGACAUUUGACGAGAGCGUAUAUUUCACUUUUGUCACGUUGACCACCAUCGGCUACGGAGACUAUGUUGCCGGGCAGACUGUCAACACAAAUAUAUGGUACGACGCGUAUAAGGUGUUCUUGGUGUUUUGGAUUAUGUUCGGACUGGGCUACCUGUUCAUGAUACUCAGCUUCAUAUCGAGGGCGAUGAGGUCCAAGACGCUCGAGCACCUGUUCUUGGAACGACUUAAGCAAACACACACGAAAAUCUGGCAUCAGUUCACCAAGGACGUCAUGUAUAUAAGACGCGUACUCAACGAAUCGUACCUGCUGAAGUUUAAACCGGUGUACAAGAAAGAGGUGUCAUUGCGUGACCAACCACUAAGGCGGAGCCGAAGUGCGCCGAACCUGACCGAGUGGCCGGUGCUGUGUAAAACGCCAGCAAAGGUGCCGGCGGCGCGCCGGACGUCCGAUGACGAGGACGAGGAGACGGUGCGCCGGCGGUUCGAGAAGCAUCGGAUGAAGCGCCGUCGGGCCCUGUCCCAGAACAAGAUGCGGUCACUGCUCCGGCGCACCAAGGCAACGUCUGAGAUAGAUUUGGCGCACAUCGACAAAGACGCCACGUUCGGCGCUGACAUAGCGUCUUACGAGAUUCUGUCCCGAGUGGUCGACGCCCUAGAGACAGCCGUGCCCAACCAGCCGGGCGAUCACCAGCACCAGUCGUCGCAGCACGUUCAUCACCAUUUGCAUCAGGACGUCGUACAUUCGAACAGGGGAAAAGCGUUGUCGUUCUCCGAGGGCGUGCAAGGGUUCUCAUCCGAAGAUAAAAUAGCCGGCGAAAAAAAUGAGUGGACCGUUGGCGGUGAUAUGCUGAACAGGGAAAACGCGUUCGCGCCCAAACACAGAAAUUCGUAUUUCGAGUACGACACAUGGGGUGGAGCUGACAAUCAAAAUUUCAAAAAGUUCAACGAGUACGCUAAACACGGCGGUGGCCAGAACAAGCCUCGGGUACCGAAGCUGCGUCGCAUGUCGGCGGCCGCGUUCAACUUCUUGUCCAACAACAUCGCGCCUAAAUGGUUGACGGAAAAGUUAGCCGACGGCGGCGGCGGCGGCGGCGGUGGCGGCGAACAGACGUGGAACGACGACCCCAGACACAGGCUGUCCCUGAACGACGACCAGGGUUACGGUUACGGGUCCACGUACAACGGCGCGGCGUUAGACCGCCGGAGCGCGCCGGUGCAGUAUCAACACCGCGGGUCGCACGGACUCCAAGUGGUGCACGACCCGCAGGUGUUCGGAACGUCGGCGCCCGAACACCCGCGACACCGGCGCCUGUCCAGUCCGGACCCGGUGCUCGCCCACUGCGCGAACACCAUCGCCGUGGCUGAUUUUCUGAUGACGUUGCAACGGUCGCUGGACGGUUCGUCCGUGACUGGCGGGUUGUCGGGGGCGCACCACAUUGGUAACCGGUCGGCGGUCACCGGCGGCGGAUUCGGCUCCGUCGCCAGGCACGAACGUCGGUCUCCGCUUUUCACGCUGUUCCAGGACCGGCCGCGGCGGGCGUCCGGCGAAUCGUGGCAGUACUCGUCGCUGACGUCGACCCUGUCGUCCACGUCCACGGCGGUCAGCACAACGACGACGCCGGCCACCGAUGCCGGUACCACGAACGCGGUUCACGAUCAGCCCGCAGCUGCAACGACCACGAGAAGGUCAAGGAAGAAGCGCACCAGAAGGUUCUCGAUAAGGCCGACAGUGGGACCUGCAGAACACAACGGCAGCGCCCGGUGUUGGACGACGACGUCCGGGGCCAACAACACCGUCUACGGUACUACCGAUGAUUCCGAACUUAAGGGAAGAGGAGCUGUAGUGGGACCGGGUGCAGGAUUUAUAGGAACCGGCGGAGGAGACGUCCGGCUCAACAUCGAAGACUGACAGCGAACAUCGCCCAUCCACCCACCCACCCACCGACGAUAAUAUAUUAUAACAAUUAUUGCUUCACGGUUGAAAGUAUGCAUCGAUCGCUAUUGAUCGAUCGUCAUCCGCUGCCGUCGAUCAAAAAUAUAAAUAAAUUUAUAUAUACAAAUUACACACAACGUCUAUGUAUAUAAUAUAUUCAUGAGUUUUGAAUUUAUGAUUAUAGGUAUUCAUAAUAAUUAUUAUACGUUUUUACUGCAUUAUUAAUUAUUAUUAUAAUUUAUUGAAAAACCGUUUUUUCGUUUACAACGCACGACGUAAUGAUAUUAUUCUGUUAUCGUUGUGUUAUUUAUUUUACUUAACUAUGUAUACAAUGUGAUAUGUUAUCCAACCAACACACGCGACGCGUAUGAAACUAUUAAAAACAAAAUUUAAAAAUUUA